GUUCAGAACGAAACAAAACUGCCAUUGUGACUUCUGUUGUAUCAGAUGAGAUGAUCAAGAGUCUGCAUAUCUAUGGUGACAACCCCCGCUACGCUAUGAUCGAACAGAGGCAUGAUGAUACAUUUCACUGGAUCUGGAAUAACCGAGAAGAUGGUGGGCCUGGAUUUGUAGAGUGGCUUGAAGGCGAGGAUGGACUCUACCUCAUAAGUGGCAAACCAGGAGCUGGAAAGUCCACAUUAUGCAAGUACAUCGAGUCCUGCGAGAGUACAAUGAAUCUCUUACAAUCGAACACCUCAAGUCGAACCUUUUUGAUGAGUUUCUUCUUUUGGGAUCUUGGACAAGAGUCAGAGAAGACAUUCUCUGGCCUUCUUCACAAUCUAUUGUCGCAACUUCUAGUUCAAAUUCCCGAGCUCGUGCCUGCCGUUCUUGGUCGGUUCCAGAGGCUAAAUAAACACGUUUCUGUUUCGGCGAAUCGCUCUUCUAUUUGGAACGAUUCGGAACUCCAGUCAGCAUUCAAAGAUAUCUUGCAACUCAGAGUCUCAAGUAAGAGCUGAGGCCACCGGGAAUGGCCCACUUAAGCGAGACGCGGUAACGCGUAAAAAUUCUACACCCCAUUUUAAAACCCUUACUACACAACAACCCUCUUAGGAAUCAGUCCAUAAUUCAAGAUGGAGACACCUCUUAUCC